AUGCUGGGGCGAUUGGACGCAUGCCUGCUGGCAAGGAACGGGUCUGAGACCUCCAUCCUCGACCUUGUGGACGCUCAGGUCCCGCAUGAGCUCAUGCAGCAGCUGAUCCUGGGAGAGGAGAGUCCCGACGUGCGUCUGCUCCAUGGGAUCGUUACGGACAACCGCACGAGAGUGGAGGAGGCUCUCAGCCAGGGAGCUGAUCCUGAUAGACGACUGGUGGAGAGCAACGACGACACUUUACUUCACUUGGCGGUGAAGCAGUUUUCGACGGAGUGCGUCGCCUGCCUGCUGGAUCAUGGUGCUCGGAUCGACGCGCAGAACGCGCUGGGGAGGACAGCGCUGCAUGAAGCAGUCAUGAUGCCCUUUAGCACGACAGUCCUCGAACUCCUCCUGGAGAGAGGAUGCGACAUGGAGGUGAAGGACAGAGAAGGAGCGACGGCGCUAUGGACAGCAGUGAAGUCUGUCAGGACCCUUGUUGCAGCUGGAGCCUCGACUAGGGUGACAAGCAGCAACGGCACGUCGCUCUUGGAUCACGCGAUGUCACAAGCAGCUAUGCCAGCAGACAUCGUCGACAACAUCAGAGGGAGGGGGGAGGAGUUAUCUUCAUCACUUUAA